AUGAGUAGCCUAUCUAGCCGGAAACACUUUCGAUUACUUACCAGAAGCUUGAGUCCAUCAAGCAGUGCAAGAUCGGCAACAUUUCGCGAACAACCCAGAGCAAACAGCACCAUAUUGGAAUCUCGCCAAGAAGAGGUUGAACUAUCCCAGAAUUCUAGUCACCAAAACAUAACAAGUUCUGACCUACAUACAACACGGAAGUCAGGGAAGUCAGUUGAGUGUGUAAGUACCGGCACUGUCGGCGACAUGAGUCAUAUACCUCGUGUGGCACCAUCUCGUACUACUUACACCAUGCCUUGUAUCACCAGCAAUAACACUAUAAAUGAACCUAAUUCAGAGGAAGAUUUGUUUGGCAUGAUUAAGUUGAAAGAGAAUGAUAUCUGUUAUACAAGCGGAACUAUAGAAUGGGUUGGUAGAAAAAGGAGCUUCCCAAUCAACAGUGGAUUCAAACUCUUGAAUGAUACUUACAGACAUGAACCUCUUGAGAAGAAAGUCAAGACAGAUUUAACUUACACUUGUAAUAGUAGUAAAUUGAAGGACUGUGACUGUGCCGACGUCCUGCCCACUAUGAAUGCAAUUGUAGACCAUUUGAAUGCUCUCCAUGAGGCGGUGGACCUAGUAGACCUUAGAGUUAACACUCUUGAAAAUGCUGUAUAGCAGUAUUAGUUUGUUUAAUUUCAAGAUAUUAAAAAGUAAAGAAACUUAUGAUUUACUUAUUUCAUUCUGUAGGUGGUUGAAUAAAAACCACAUAAUUUGUAUAAAAAAUAUAUAUUUCUUAAAAUACUGUUAAAAUGAUCUAGUUUUAUAUAUUGUCUAUAAUAUUUUUGUCACAGGGAAAUAUGUAUCUAAACAGAGGUAAAUAUUAAUAGGGUAAAUUGCCAGUAACUGACUAGUAUCCAAUAACUUAACAUAUAAAUAGAGCUCAUUUUUACAUAAAAUUUCUAGUACUGGCCAUGUUAUGCUAAAAUGAAUUCUGUUCAUGAAUACACAGAGUUCAUUUUUAGUACAAGGUGGCCAGUUACUGGCAAUUUACCCUAAUUUUAACCAAAGUAAUACAAUAAUAUAUUAAAAGGGAUCCAAAAACUGUUUUCCAUGAUUAGGAUUGUUUUUUUUUUUAAUUUAUACAUAUAUAUCAAGAAAUUAGACAGACUUUAAUGCAUUUGUGCACUCUGUAAUAGAAUACAUAAACCAUAUAAUAUAACAAAACAGGUUGACUGACUACUUGUGGUGACAAUGUGAGUAGCAGUGAUGAAUUAGCAAUUAAUAUGUAUUCACGCCCAUUUUAUGUUCAUGUAAUCAACAUCGUUUAGUAAUUUGAUAAGGGCAAAGAUUUUAAUAAUAAUCAUUAUCAAAAACUGAAACAUUAUAUUGAAAACAGAAUAGUAAAUCUUAUGAUGGGAAGAAAUGACAGGGAAACAGACUUGGGUGCAAGUAACAUAAUGAUAUGCUGUCAUUUAUACCCACCAAACAUAUACUACCACUUCUGUGCCUGGUGGGGUUGAAUGGAAAUACCUAGACCAUGAAAAUAGAUAACAUUGGAUAGUGCCCUUUUUCUUGAUCAAGAAUAAACAGCCAGAAACGUAUAACAAGGGCCUGCUCCUGGUUAA